AUUUAGACCGAUCCUCUUUAAAGAAGCGACUUUACAGCCAGUGAAGGAAGGGACGACGAUGGCAGACCCGGCGGUGUCCCGACCAACCACCACCGGAAGCACCUCCUUCUUCCACUCCGCCGUCGCCCUCCUCCUGUACGUCGGCUUCCUCCACAUCAACGCCGCCGUGCUCCUCGGCGCCGCGCUGCUCCUCCCCGCUCGCUAUUUCGCCGCGGUCGCCGGCUUCCUCCUCCUCACUCUGGUGAUCCCCGUCGACGACAAGAGCAACUUCGGAAACCGACUGUCAAGGUGCUUCCUUUUCGCCAUCAAUCGAAACUCCACCGGCAGAUUUAUCUUCCUUUCAUCUCAAAAUCGUUUCUUUUUUGAGAUCUUUAGGUACAUCCUCAAGCACAUAACUGGCUACUUCCCCAUCACCCUUCACGCCGACGACGUCGACGCCUUCGACCCCGACCAAGCUUACGUGAUCGGUUACGAGCCGCACUCGCUGGUGCCGAUCGCCAACUCAGUUCUCUCCAGCCACGCCGGCCUCUUGCCGCUGCCGAAGAUUAAGGUCACGGCGAACAGCGCUUCGUUCUUGAUCCCGUUCAUGAGGCACAUCUGGACGUGGGUGGGGCACGUGCCGGUGACGAGGAAGAGCUUCCUGAAGUGCUUGGGGGCAGGCUACAGCGUCGUCGUCGUCCCCGGCGGAGUAAGGGAGAUGGUACACAUGGUGCACGAUUCUGAGGUUGCCUACCUCAAAUCAAGAAAAGGGUUUGUUAAAAUUGCCAUCGAAACCGGACGACCGUUGGUCCCGGUUUUUUGCUUUGGCCAGAAUAAGAUAUACAAGUGGUGGAAUCCCGGCGAGAAGCUUUCCGCUAGAAUUUACGGAGCCAUUAAAUUUCCUCCGACAAUUUUUCUAGGAAGAUUUGGAUCGCCUAUUCCAUUUCGUCAUCCACUCCAUAUAGUAGUGGGAAAACCCAUCGAGGUGAAGAGAAACCCUAAGCCAACGCUGGAGGAGGUCGAUGAGGCUCAUGCUCAAUUUGUGCGUGCCCUUCAAGAGCUAUUUGAGAAAUACAAAGCUAGAGUUGGUUACCCUAAUCUCGAGCUUAGGAUCUUAUAAUGUUGUAAUUCGAGUAAACUUCUUGAGUGAUUUUAAAGUAGAAGCAAGACUUUAUCAUGGGUAAUUCUCGAUCAUAUGUAUUAGUAAACCGUCAUGAUGGUUAUUAAGUAGUUAAUUUUUUA